AUGGCUGGCGGAUUUCUUCCUUACCACGAGCCUAGCAUCGUGGAAAUCCUGGUUAUCAUCUCAUUUUUCUUCAUCCUCUGCUUGGCAGAAUGGCUUUCUGCCAAAGUUAUCCGAGCCGGGAUUAUUGGCAAUAUCGCAGUGGGCAUCAUUUACGGUGUGCCGCUGGCCAAUAUCCUGGAAGUCAAUUGGCAAAAGACCUUCCUGGCGCUGGGAUAUAUCGGAUUGAUCUUGAUUAUCUUCGAAGGUGGUCUUGCCGCUCGACUAGAUCUUCUCAAGAAGAAUCUCGUGUUGAGUAAUCUGGCUGCUACGACCGGUGUUUGUUUUCCGAUUGGGCUUUCGUAUCUAUUGUUGUAUCUGGGAUAUGGCUAUGGUGCCGUCGAAACAUUCAUCAUUGGCGCUGCGCUGUCGGCUACGUCUUUGGGCACGACAUUUGCCGUGAUCUCAUCGGCCUCCAAGACCAUCGAUCUUGGCCAAACUCGAGUGGGCUCAGUGCUCGUGAGCGCAGCGGUUAUUGAUGAUGUCUCUGGACUUGUCAUGUCUAGUGUAAUUGGCGACCUGAGCAAGCUCUCAGGGGACGGAGACGUCAAUCUCGGCUGGCUCAUCGGGCGUCCCAUAGUAGCCUCCAUCGCCAUGACGAUAGUCACGCCCAUCGUCACAAAGUACUUAUUCGCACCCGUCUUCCGAAAAUACGUCGAGUACCACUUCGCGCGUUACGACCACAUCUCGAACAUCGUGCUGAUGGUCCUAGUCCUGUGCGCAUUCAUCAGCAUUGCCUCGUACACUGGGACAUCGAUUCUAUUCGGUGCUUUCCUGGCCGGCACAUUCCUCACUUAUCUUCCUAGCAAGCAUCCUGAUGGACCGUUUAUUGUGACGAGCCGGGAAGAGGGCGAGAGGGAGGCGGAUAAGAGCCCGACUUUUGUGCAUACGUUUGAGGCUUAUCUGCUAGGUGUGCAGGAGUAUUUGAUGGCGCCUCUUUUCUUUGCGAGUAUUGGUUUUGCGAUUCCUUUUGUGCAGCUUUGGACGGGGAAGCGCAUCUGGAGAGGGGUGCUGUAUACGCUGCUCAUGGCGUUUGCGAAGCUCAUCGUUGGAAUAUGGGUUCCAUUAUGGGAGGUUCUCGCGCACUUAUUCACCAAAGAAAAGUCCGAGCCUCAACCAUCCCGCCGGGCCAAAGAAACCGAAGAUACAGAGCACGGCCCUUCGCCCCCAACCGAGGACAACCGCAAAUCCCACGCAACCUGGCUCUCAGCUCUCCUCCUGGGUUCAGCAAUGGUAGCCCGAGGCGAAAUCGGCCUCUUGAUCAUCGAGAUCGGAUACAACUCGACCUCGUAUGUCAGCGAGGAGGGCUUCAUUACGGGUGUAUGGGCUAUUCUGCUCAACACGAUUAUCGGUCCUAUUACUGUUGGUGUGCUGAUGAAGUUGUAUGGGAAGCAUAUUGGAGAGGGGAGAUGGGGAUUGCAGGAUCAGAUCGUGUAUGGGCAGAGGGAAUGA